AUGACCAUCAUCGACUCUCUGACGACCCUGUGGCUGAUGGGCUUGCGGCGUGAGUUCGACGAAGGGCUGGCCUUCGUGGAGAGGGACCUGGACUUUGAUACUGCAGACCGGGAGAUAUCUGUCUUCGAGGUGGUGAUACGUGCACUGGGCGGUUUGCUCGGAGCACAUUCGCUGUCCGGCAGGCAAAUCUUCCUGGAGCGAGCGGUCGAGCUGGCCGAAAGGAUCCUCCCGGCGCUGAACACGUCUUCCGGCCUGCCGCUGCCAAGGUGGAACCUUGCCCGUGGGCAGGGCAAAGGAACCUACGAUCCACGCAAGGAGCCCACGAUCUUGGCCGAGGCCGGGAGCUUCCAACUGGAGUUCCGUUACUUGUCUGCAGUCACGGGGGACCUGCGCUACAGCAAGGCCGCAGAACGAGCCUCUCAGGCGAUCCGCGAUGCAGGAGCCAAUGGCCUCGUUCCAGUUCACCUGACCCCGGCAGAAGCCGGAACUCCCCAGCUGAUGCCCGACAGGCUUGCCAUGGGUGCCCUGGCAGACUCCUACUACGAGUAUCUGUUGAAGCAGUGGCUCCAGAGCCCGGAGGAAACGCAGCAUCGUGAUGCCUGGCUCGCCGUCAUGGAUGCCCUGCCUUCGCUGGUGGUUCCAGAUCCCAGGAGCGAAGGACACGAAGGCAAUGUCAAACUCCAGCUCACGGAGAAAGACAGCCAAGGAGGCCGCAUUUGGAAGAUGGAUCACCUGAGCUGCUUCGUGCCUGGAAUGAUAGCCCUCGGGCUGCGCAGCAUGCCAGAGGAUGAGCUGCUGAAGAACGGCCGCAAUGACACUUGGCAUCGCAUGGCUACCGGCUUGACCUCGACCUGCGCGCACCUCUGGAUGGACACGCAGAGUGGUCUCGCACCCGAGUGGGUCUUCUUCGACAAGCAGGGUAGCGGCAAGAAGACUGUCCCUCGAGGCGCGCAGCAUUCGUACCUUCGGCCAGAGACUGCUGAGUCACUCUUCUACUUGUACCGGAUGACGGGACAUGCGAGAUACCGGAAGUGGGGCAAGAAGCUUUUCCGGUCCAUCGUGGAGAACAGCAAAGUCGACGGCGGGUACGGCUCUGUCCAGGAUGUGACCGUCCUGCCCACGAAGAAGAUGGAUGAGAUGCAAAGUUUCGUGAUGGCUGAGACAUUCAAGUAUCUGUAUUUGUUGUUCUCGCCUGCUGAGGUCUUUGAUUUGGACCGUUACAUUCUGAACACGGAGGCUGGGCCCUAA